AUGCUUCGAGCAGCUUUGACGCAUCUCACAUUCCGCAGAGCCUACCCACCGAAAGCAGCGGCGGCGGGUGCCGGUGUCAAAGUCGACAAAUCGUUCGUCGACGAGGACGCCGUCAAACUAGCCACCCACGUGUGCAUCAACGCCUACACACAAGGAGAAGAGCCGGGACCGAAGAUUCUUCCGGACUCGGAAUAUCCCGAGUGGCUGUUCAAACUGGACCUUCGAGCGCCACGAGAGUUGGAGGACUUGGACCCGGAUACGGACGGAUGGGCGUACUGGAGAGCGUUGAGGAAGCGACAAAUCGAGCAGAAUCAACGGAUUCAGAAGUUGAAGACGCGAUUCUUGCAUCUACAGAAUAGUCCGAGCAUGAAGAAGCAGUAG